UUUGUGUCCCACUGCUUACUUCACAUCUCCCUCAGCAGCCUUUUCCAGCAUUACUUUCAACAAAAGAGAUCAGUAACAGAGUGAUACAGUGGUGCCCAGCUUGCCGCUACGACAUGUCAAACCCACCGAAUCUACAGCAAGGUCGCGCACUGGCUCAAAUGUUGGCCGACAUGGCAGACUUGCAGCAGCAGCAGGCAGUACUGCAGCAGCAGCAGGCAGUAUUGCACCAGCGGCAGACGCAGAUGCUACAAAACCUUUUGCCUCAGUCUGGGGCCGCUGCGAAUCCGCUCCACCUGGAACUCUCUCCAGAAGACCAUCGUCGCCGCUUCCGUGGUUGCCGCAUGGGACCACAAGAAGGGCCUUCGGCUUUUGCCCAGCAGCUCCUGUACGACGCGGGGAGGUGGCUGCAUCCUGACCCGACACAAGGGGAGGCGCAGCUGCUGAAGGCUGUCGUUCUGGAGCAGUUUGUGGAGGGGCUCCCAAGGGAAAUGGCGGACUGGGUCAAGUGUCGCAAGCCACCCAAUCUGGAGGCGGCAGUGAGGCUGGCUGAAGAACACCUGGUGGCGCGGACGGAAAACCCCAGAACAUCGCAGCCAGGGGAGGUCCUGGCAGCGACAGGCGCUGUACCUGGCUCAUUGGUGGCUGCACAGACACAGGGACAGGUGUGUGAGCAGUGUGGGGACCUGGGACAUUUUCAACAGGAAUGCCAGGAGGACGCCAUGGAGGUGCAGCAGGUGUACAGUCUUACCGGGAUGUCUACACCCAACUCUGGUCGAGGAGGGAUGUACAGCGUUCUGUCUCCAGUCGCAGCUCAACACAGCCCGUUCCUCCUGCACUAUCAGGAGCAGGAUCAGCAGAAACUCCUCAACAGCAACAUUGUACCCCAUCAGGUAAAACAGUGAUAUAGUAUGAUGCGAUUCUGUAUUAGAUUCUUAAAGAAUGUGUGUUGUUGUUCA